AUGAGGAGCCAGGAUGAAGAGGUGAUGGGAAUUGAACUUCUUAAAGCCAUGUCCCUGGAUGCAGUGACUUUCACGGAUGUAGCCGUCGACUUCUCCCAAGAUGAGUGGGAAUGGCUGACUCUUGCUCAAAGGACUCUGUACAAGAAAGUGAUGUUAGAGAACUACAGCAACCUGGCUUCACUGGGUCUUUGCGUUUCUAAACCAGAUGUGAUCUCCUUGCUGGAGCAAGAUAAAGAGCCCUGGACGGCGAAAGGAGAGUUGACAGGAGGCCCGUGCGCAGACUUGGAGUAUGUGUGGAUGAAAAAGGAAUUAUCUCUAAACCAGGACAUCUAUGAGGAACAAUUAUCUCAAGCAAUGAUAAUGGAAAGACUUACAAGCUAUGACCUUGAAUGUUCCACAUUAGGGGAAAACUGGAAAUAUGAAGACCUGUUUGAGAGGGAGCUGAAAGACAAGCAGGUCUAUGGAGAAAAGAAACGUUUGACAUGUAAUGACUGCGAGAAAACUUUCAGCAAAAUCUCAACUCUUACUCUUCAUCAGAGAAUUCAUACUGGAGAGAGACCCUAUGAAUGUCUCGAAUGCGGAAAAGCCUUUAGCCAGAGUGCCCACCUUGCUCAGCAUCAGAGAAUCCACACAGGAGAAAAACCCUUCAAAUGUACCGAGUGUGGAAAAGCAUUCAGCCAGAAUGCCCAUCUCAUUCAACAUCGGAGAGUUCACACUGGAGAAAAACCCUAUCGCUGUCAGCAGUGUAACAAAGCCUUCAGCCAGCUUGCACAUCUUGCCCAGCACCAGAGAGUUCACACUGGAGAGAAACCCUAUGAAUGCAUCGAGUGUGGGAAGGCCUUCAGACUUAUUCAGCAUAAGAGAAUUCACACUGGAGAGAGACCCUACAAAUGUAAUGUGUGUGGAAAGGCUUUUGGCCAUGGCUCCUCCCUGACCGUCCAUCAGAGAAUUCAUACAGGAGAGAAACCCUAUGAAUGUAGUAUCUGUGAGAAAGCCUUUAGUCAUCGUGGCUCGCUCACUCUUCAUCAGAGAGUCCAUACUGGAGAGAAACCCUAUGAAUGUAAGGAAUGUGGGAAAGCUUUUCGGCAGAGCACGCACCUUGCCCACCAUCAGAGAAUUCAUACUGGGGAGAAACCUUACGAAUGUAAGGAAUGCAGCAAAACCUUCAGCCAGAAUGCUCAUCUCGCACAGCAUCAGAAGAUACACACUGGAGAGAAACCAUAUGAAUGUAAGGAAUGUGGUAAGGCCUUCAGUCAGAUUGCUCACCUUAUUCAGCACCAGAGAGUUCACACUGGUGAGAAGCCUUAUCAAUGUUUUCAAUGUGGGAAGGCCUUCAGUGAUGGCUCCUAUCUUGCUCAACAUCAGAGACUUCACACUGGCAAAAGACCCUACGCGUGUCUCGAAUGCGGGAAGGCAUUCAGACAGAGGGCAUCCCUGAUCUGUCACCAGAGGUGUCACACGGGCGAGAAGCCUUACAAAUGCAACAUCUGUGGGAAAGCCUUUAGUCAUCGUAAAUCCCUUACUCUGCAUCAGAGAAUUCACACAGGAGAGAAACCUUACGAGUGUAAGGAAUGCAACAAGGCCUUCAGCCAGAUUGCCCAUCUGACGCUGCACAGGAGAAUUCAUACUGGAGAAAGGCCGUAUGAGUGUAAAGCAUGUGGAAAAGCCUUUAGGCAGACUAGCAUGCACCUGACGGAGCACCGGCGCACGCACACAGGCGAGAGGCCGUACGCGUGCGGGGAGUGCGGGCGCGCCUUCAACAAGAGCUCGUCGCUGACGCUGCACCGGCGCAACCACACGGGGGAGAAGCCGUACGCGUGCGGCGAGUGCGGCAAGGCGUUCUGCAAGAACUCGGCCCUGACUCAGCACCAGCGCCUGCACAGCGGCGCGAAGCCCUACGCCUGCCCCGUCUGCAAGAAGCACUUCACGGGCCGCUCGUCGCUGGCGGUGCACCAGCGCAUCCACACGGGCGAGAAGCCCUACCGGUGCACGCAGUGCGGCAAGGCCUUCAAGAACAUCUCGCUCACCGCGCACCAGCGGAUGCACACCGGGGAGAAGCCCUACGCGUGCCGCGAGUGCGGGAAGACUUUCAGCCGGAACACCAACCUCACGCGGCACCUGAGGGUCCACAUUUAG